CAACAAUUGUUGAGGAAAGAGCAAAACAUGAUUCAGAAAUUCAAAAAACUGAAGUCCCUUUGGAUCUAGAUGAAAUUAAGGCCUUCCUUGAUUGCCGCUAUUUAGCAGCUGCUGAAGCCUGCUGGAGAAUCUUCAAAUUUGAUAUUCAUUAUCACUACCCAGCAGUUUUAAGAAUGAGAUUUCACCUACCAGGGUAGCAAUUACUUAUUUAUGAGGAGGACAAACCAGUAGAAGAGGUACUUUCCUCUGAAGCGGCAACAAGGACAAUGCUAUUAGCAUGGAUGGAAAUGAAUAUAAUAGAUCCUGAGGCAAGAAAUUACACCUUCAUUCAGUUCCCACAAUUUUAUGUUUGGGACCAAAGAACUAGAACUUGGAGGUCUAGAAAGAACAAAACAUGCAUUGGGAGAUUGUACUAUGCACAUCCAUCCUCAGGUGAGAGGUACUAUCUUCGAUUACUUUUACAUAUCGUCAAAGGGUGUAAAAGUUUCGAAGAAAUUCGAACGGUGAAUGGGAUUGUGUAUGAGAAAUUUAAGGAGGCAUGUUAUGCAAUGGGUUUCUUGGCCAAAGAUGAUGAAUGGCACGAUUGCUUGAAGGAGGUCUCACAAUGGGCUUCGGGGACCAAAAUGAGGAGGAUAUUUGUGACGAUGGUGGCGUAUUCACAAGUAUCAAACGUCAAGGAAUUGUGGGAGAAGAACUGGGAGUUGCUCAGUGAUGAUAUCCAACACUAUCAGCGCAGCUUGCUCAAUCGACCAGAACUACAUUUAUCACCAGAUGAAACAAAAGAGUUGUGUCUCAUUGAAUUAGAGAAGCUAUUCCACAAGAUUGGAAAGUCAUUGGUUGAUAUUCCAGGUAUGCCAAUUCCCAACUGCAAUACGUUUGAUAGAGCAAAUCGAUUACUAGCGGAAGAAUUAAGCUACAACAGGAGUUCUAUGAGUACAGAAUUUGAGAAGAACUUCCCUAAGCUCAAUCAUGAUCAACGUGUUGCAUAUGACCAGAUAAUGGAGUCUAUUAAUACAAAUAAUGGAAAAUGCUUUUUCAUAGAAGGAUUUGGUGGAUCAGGUAAAACUUUUCUUUGGAAAGUGAUUAGUGCCAAGCUAAGAUCUGAAGGGCGGAUAGUGCUUUGUGUGGCUACUUCUGGAAUAGCAGCUUUGCUCAUGGACGGAGGAAGAACAGCACAUUCAAGGUUUCGUAUUCCUAUUAAGUUGAAUCCAACAUCAACCUGUGACAUUUAUCAAGGCUCUGAUGUUGCAGAUCUCCAUCAAAAUGCUUCUUUGAUAAUCUGGGAUGAAGCACCCAUGGCCCACAGGAAUGCAAUUGAGGCAUUGGAACGCACUUUGAGAGAUAUAAUGAGAAAGCACAACAAAAACAAUCUUACCAAGCCAUUUGGAGGAAUGACAGUUGUAUUUGGGGGAGACUUCAGGCAGACGUUGCCAAUCAUAAAGAAAGGAAGUAGGGCCGAUAUUGUCGAUGCAUCUUUGAAAAUGUCAUAUGUCUGGCAAUAUCUGGAAAUAUUGAAGCUCACAGAAAAUUUGAGACUGCGACAACCUAAUUCUUCAGAAACUGAGCUAAAUGAUAUCGCAGAUUUCAGUAAAUGGAUCCUACAAAUUGGAGAUGGCGAAGACUGUUCAGUUUUUUGCGAAGCUAAUAUUGAUAUUCCAAGUGAAUUGAUGGUGGAACGUCAAGGAGAACCUAUUAUUGACAUUGUCAGAGAGAUAUAUCCACAUCUCGAAUGCAAUUAUGUGAACCCAGAAUAUUUGGCAAGUAGAGCUAUUUUAGCUCCUCACCACGAAAUGGUGCACAAAUUGAAUGAGUAUGUUCUAUCACAGAUCCCAGGUGAAGAGAUCACAUAUCUCAGUUCUGAUUAUGUUCAAAAUGAGAAUGGGAAGCAAAAUAUAGAGCACCCAGAAUUCCCAGCAGAGUUGCUAAAUUCCUUGCAAAUACCUGGCUUCCCAGAUCAUGAAAUCAAGUUGAAGCUUGGAGUUCCAGUGAUUCUAUUAAGGAAUAUUGAUCAGGCAUCUGGGCUAUGUAAUAGGACACGUCUGAUUAUAAAAAAAAAUGGGCAAAUGGUUCAUUGAAGCUGAAGUUAUUACCGGGACUCAUAUCGGGGACAUGGUCUUCUUACCUCGCAUGACUCUUGCCACAGAAUAUCCGAGUCUUAAUAUUACACUAUCAAGAAGGCAAUUCCCAAUUGCAUUGUGCUACGCAAUGACAAUCAACAAAAGUCAAAGGCCAAUCACUACAAAGGGUAGGACUCUGUUUGCAACAACAAGUCUUUAGCCAUGGGCAACUUUAUGUUGCUUUGUCACGAGUCACUACAACAAAAGGUUUGAAGAUCCUCAGUUGUGACCACGAAGACAAACCACUAUCAUGGAUGCAAAACAUUGUAUACAAUGAAAUAUUUGCUUAGUUUGGUUAGCUUCAUUACUCAUUUUGUUUGGAUGGAAGUACUGUCAGUUAAAUAGCUUUGAUGUUAUCCUUCAGUUUCAUGUAAAAUAGACGAGGUUGCACUCUUUAGCCAAUAAAUCUUCGCUAAUGGAUCAUAAACAACCAUUUGAUGUUGAAGGAAAGACAACAUCUUUGCACCUUAAUGCAUUUUUAAUAACAAAUCUAAAAGGCAGUACAAACCAAAUAACGAAAAUUAUCAUUAUGAAAGACGUGGCUUUUCCAAUAUCCUAUCCUUAAUAUAUGACAAUAUAAAGUUAACACCAUUUCAGCUGACUAAGGCCUGUCAAAAGCCACACAAUACCAUGAAUGACAGUGACAAAUUUAAAUAGUUUCGAUAUGAGAGAGGUCAAAACGUAAACCAGCCGUGCUAGCUUCUCCAUGCAAUGAUGAACUAAAGGCCACAUAAGUAUAUCAUCUAUAUUCACUCUACAAUGAGUAACGGAACCCCAUGCUAUUCCACAUGCACUCCUGCAAAGAACAAUCCAAGUUAGACCCAAACCCAAUAAAUUACUAUAAAUGAUUAAAUUAAACACAAAGCAAUAAAGGACAAUAACAACAACCACACAAAUUAAACACACACAAAAAAUACUCGAAAUGAUUAUAUACAUACAAACGGACAAAGCAAUAAAGGACAAAAUAAACCGCACCACAUAAUCCUUAAACCCAUCAUCACAACCACUAUUGAAAGGCACAUAAAUGCAGAAAACCAAAAGACACAUUCAGCCAAUGGUAUUCUCGAAGAAAUUAAUACAUGGUCAUCAAGACAACCAUAAACAAAACUGUGAGGCCCCAUAUAAAACCCAAAAGAAAUAAGCACAGGAGCCAGCAACCACUGUCAAAAGUUGACAAAAGCAAUCCCAAGGCUACCACUCAAGCCCGACAGAAGCAACAACACAGCAAGAUUAGGUAAUAUAUCCUCAAAACACAAUACAUCCAAAUUCAUACUGACACCAAGAGUUCCAAAAAAUUGCAGGAAAUGGAAGAUCAGAAAAUCGACAAGCUAACCACGGAUGACGACAAUGGAUCCCUACUUGCAAGAGUGUCGAGAAAAUGGCUGGCCAUCAACGCAAACUCCAAAAUAAUAAUGCGCCUAGAUUUGGUCCUCAUUGAUGCAAAGGUAAGAGAAGCAGUUGCGCAAAAUCACAAACAAAAUAGUACUCAUUAACGAUAAGGAUGCUAAUAUUGUCAAACAGGGACGUGACAUCCAUGUCCAAAUUCCGAGAUCAAUGAUGGACGAGUUUGAAAGGAAAAUUCAAGAACAAGCCAUAUACACCUUCACAGAUUUCAGAGUCAAGGAAGCAACGGGAGAAUUCAGACCAGUAAAGGAACCAUUGGUGAUAGAAUUAAAAAAGUCAACAAAAGUGCAACCAACCACCACAGCAAUCAACAUCCAGAAAUACAAAAUGAAUUUGAUCCCAGAAGAACAAAUUGACAAGCUCAAGGGAAAAAAAGAAAUCCUAUCAGGUAAGAUGGAAAAUACAUUAACAACUACUACCAAACAUGUCAUCUACUGUUCACAUACACUUCACAUCUUGCAACAAAUAAAAAACGCAGAUACAAUUGGCCAGCUGAAGGAAUACUCAAACAACAUUGAAACGAACAAUGGAGUCACUCGAAGAGUGCGGAAGAACCUCACGAUGCAGCUACCACUGUACUCUCCAAACAACUACCAACUAUGUAAGGUAAUUACAAAUAUUGCAGAAAACAAAUGCUAACUCCCGAAACUUUCUCCACAUUUUAAUGUAAACAGGGGAAGAAUAAUCAGGGUGACAAUUUGGAAUAAAACAAUAGAAGAAUUCAACAAAAUCAUGGCAAAGAGUAACCGAGGACCAGUUCUACUGUAUAUCACCAGUAUCUACGUGAACGGGGACUACGGUAAAAUAAACUAUCAUAUAUUAGUUGCACUGCAUCUGCUUGAUUAUAAUUAAAUCAGCAAAACAUGAACAGGAGGAAUUCACCUCUCCGGCACAACGGCUACAAAGUUUUAUGACCAGCUGGACAUACUGGAGCUAAAUGAGUUAAUUCAGACGGCCACAGAUGAUGAGGAAGCAAUCAAUAACCAAGCACCGGUUAUGAUAGAACAACCUGCCCCACCAGAGAUCCAACAAGCGACAAUAGCAGAGUUGCAAAGCAACAAGCAAGAAGAAAGCAACAAGGUAAACUAUAUAUAUCACACUCAAGAAUAUACAAACAAAAGGACCAAGUAACCAUAAUGACUUCUUUCCCCAGAACAAGAGCUAUUAUGUCAGGUGUAGAAUCACAUCCAUUAGAGAGAAUUGGAGUUACAUAGGCUGCUGGGACUGUCCCAGAAAGGUGGAAGAGGUCAACAAACAGAACCAAACAGCAAUAGAAUUCUACUGCAGCAACUGUGACUCCACUUCAUCAUUGGCAACAAGAAGGUAACAGGAAAAAAACCCAUCCUACAACGACAAAAAACAAACAAACAAACA